GCUUACUAAGCAUUCUUUUCUUCUAAUUUGUCAGAAAAUGAUUAAUAUUUAGUGUAUUUAUUAUUUAUGACUGCUUAGAAAUGGUGUUGAUCUAUGUAUCUAUAAUUUUUUCUUUAAGAUUGAUUAUUCCUCAAGACUGAUGGAACAUAACUAUAAAAAGAUAUUUCAAACUGUUCAAUAAAAUUUUCAAAAGAAAGAAACAUUUUUUAAUAAAAUGGAUGAGAAAAAGAAACUACAUAAUCUGAAAGGGUCACCAAAGAAUGGAAACAUGUCUGGAACAUCUUUCCAAGCCCCACAAAGUGUUGCCUCUUCAGUUGUUGAACUGAAAAGAGAAAUUGGAUUACUUAGCGCUGUCAGCUUGAUCGUGAGUGUAAUGAUUGGUUCAGGUAUUUUUAUUUCUCCAUCAAGUGUUCUUGAAAAAUCUGGAUCUGUGGGACUGUGCUUAGUGAUGUGGGCUCUCUGUGGUGCUAUUUCCUAUUUUGGAGCAUUAAGUUUUGCAGAACUUGGUACUGUUGUACCAAGCUCAGGGGCUGAGUAUGCUUUCUUUCGUGCUGCAUUCACUGGUUUCCACAACUUUUUUGGACCUCUUCCUGGUUUUAUUUAUAUAUGGGUGAUUGUUUUCUUGGUCCGGCCAGCAGAGGUAGCUAUUCUUGUGCUUACAUUUUCUGAAUAUACCUACAGUCCCAUAGUACUUUAUUUUAAUAUGGAAAUAUCGCCAUUAAUGGAAAGUGUUUUGAAGAAACUCAUUGCACUACUUGCAGUUGGUCUAAUAACAUACAUAAAUUUUGUCAGUGUUAAAAUAUAUGUUAAGAUGCAAAACAUGUUUUCAUCUCUCAAAAUACUUGCCUGUUUAGCUGUGAUAAUUGGAGGAAUAUGUCAUCUAGCGAAAGGAAAUAUUCAGUAUAUCAACAAAGGAUUUGAAGGAACCAAAACCAACGUUAAGGAUUUAGUUCUUGCAUUCUACACAGGCUUAUGGUCUUUUGAUGGUUGGACUUCAGUCACUGUUGUUUCAGAGGAAAUUAAGUCCCCAAACAGAAAUAUUCCGUUGAGUAUAUCAUUGGGAGUUCCUUUGGUAACUGUGUUAUAUUUCACAAUGAAUGUUGCUUAUAUGAGUGUCCUUUCAGUUGAAGAUAUGAUUGCUGCACCAGCUGUUGCCAUGAUAUUUGCUGAGCGAUUAUUUGGACCUUUCGCUCCUAUAAUACCUGUAGCAGUUAUUUUAUCAACAUUUAGUUGUGCAAUGAGUGUGCAGUUUGGUGUUUCCAGAUUAUGCUUUGCUGCUGGAAGAGUUGGUCAUAUGGUGGAAUGCUUUUCUUAUAUACACAUUCGAAGAAUGACUCCUGCUCCAGCAGUAAUUUUACAGGGCACAUUAACCUCUAUAUUCAUCAUUACAGGCAGUAUUAUUAGACUCAUAGAGUUUGUCAGUUUUAUUAUAUGGAUUUUUUAUGGACUUGCGAUGGUUGCAUUAAUUGUCAUGAGGUCUACAAAAAAAGAGGCUGCAAGACCUUUUAAGGUUCCAAUCAUCAUUCCUUAUUUUCUUGUAGCCUUAUCUGCUUUUAUUGCAGUAGUUCCAUUAGUACUUCAACCAGAUCCAUUGUUUUUAGCUGCAAUUGUGUUCAUUGCCAUCGGAAUUUUGGCAUACCACUUUUUAAUUUACCAAAAAAAACAUUUUAAAUGUACAAGAUGCUUUUGUUAUUAUGUGCAAAUACUUCUAGAAGUUAUUCCUUCAGAGAGAUAAUGACAGAAAAUCAUAGGUUAAUUAUAAAAGUCAUGUUAUACAAAUAUUUUAUUAUUUAACUAUUUGACAUAUAUAAAUAUUUUUUUAU